AUGUCUGCAGCCGGGGGAGGAACCUUUCGGAAUCGGACUGUGGGCCGCGGUCAUAUUCCCUUCGAUGGCAGCCCGUCUGGUAUUCCUCGCAAGGUUGACCAAGGGCACCAAGGGGUGCCGCCGGCGGCUACUCCGUCUGAUAUUGGAAGUGCCUCUGCUCUGAGCACCAGUAGGCAGAAACAGUCUAAACGUGACGAGGCUAUCAGGAAGAAAAUGGAGGCAGACCUUAACAAGAAAAGACACGGGAAUCCUGCCCGCUCUCGCCAUAGCCGCAAGGCACCCCCCGGAACUGUUAUGGCUCUCAAACCCAGCCAGGCUCUCCAGAUCAAACCCAACACCACGGUUGCAGAAGCUGCCCAGCUAAUGGCUGCGAAGAGAGAGGAUUGCGUUCUUGUGACGGAUGACGAUGACCGUAUUGCUGGUAUUUUUACCGCGAAGGAUUUGGCAUUUAGAGUUGUUGGGGCGGGUAUCAGGGCUCGGGAUGUUACAAUUGCAGAAAUCAUGACAAAAAAUCCUCUCUGCGCGAGAACUGACACCAGCGCUACUGAUGCCCUGGACCUCAUGGUCCGGAAGGGAUUUAGACAUCUACCCGUCAUGGAUGAGAAUCAGGAUAUAUCUGGAAUCCUUGACAUUACCAAAUGUUUCUACGAUGCGAUGGAGAAGUUGGAGAGGGCGUAUAGCUCGUCUCGCAAAUUGUAUGAUGCUCUCGAAGGUGUGCAGUCGGAAUUAGGGUCCAAUCAGCCGCAACAAAUUAUCCAAUAUGUGGAAGCGUUGCGGCAGAAGAUGUCUGGCCCGACCUUGGAAUCUGUUUUAAAUGGGCUUCCACCGACCACUGUGUCAGUACGCACGUCCGUCAGGGAGGCUGCCACGUUGAUGAAGGAGAAUCACACCACCGCUUUGCUGGUCCAGGAUCAGGGCUCUAUUACUGGUAUUUUCACGAGCAAAGACGUUGUUCUCCGUGUUAUUGCCCCUGGAUUGGAUCCCAAUACCUGUAGCGUUAUCAGAGUUAUGACCCCUCACCCGGAUUUUGCUCCUACUGAUAUGAGUAUCCAAGCUGCCCUUCGGAAGAUGCACGAUGGACAUUAUCUUAACCUUCCAGUGAUGAACGAAGCUGGGGAGAUUGUGGGUAUGGUGGAUGUACUCAAAUUGACCUACGCCACUCUCGAACAGGUCAAUUCUAUGUCUACAAACGAAAAUGAAGGGCCUCCGUAG